AUUCCGCUCUCGCCGCCGCCGCCGCCACCCCCGCCCCCCGCCCCCGCCCGGUCCCCGCCACCGCCGCCGCCGCCGCCUGCCCAGCGGCCCGGGAGGCGGAGGCGCGGGGGAGGAGGCCCCGCUUGGCUCCUCAGCCCCGGAUGCUGCAUGACUUCAUCCUUCCGCCGGCUCCCCUGCUGAGCUAGGGCCGGUCCGGCAGCAAGCCCGCCGCCCGCGCCCCGCCGCAGUCCCACUCCCGCCCCGCGCCCACCCCGCGCCCGCCAUGUCCGAGAUCCUGCCCUACAGCGAAGACAAGAUGGGCCGCUUCGGCGCAGACCCCGAGGGCUCCGACCUCUCCUUCAGCUGCCGCCUGCAGGACACCAACUCCUUCUUCGCGGGCAACCAGGCCAAGCGACCCCCCAAGCUGGGCCAGAUCGGCCGAGCCAAGCGAGUGGUGAUCGAGGAUGACCGGAUAGACGACGUGCUGAAGGGGAUGGGGGAGAAGCCGCCGUCCGGAGUGUAGACGUGCCGGCUCGGGCGGCGGGCUCCGGGCCCAGCCUCACAGCGGCCAGGAGCGCGGGCCGGCGAUGCGGCUGCCGGCGCCCCCCGCCCCGGCCCAGGCGCCCGCGGGCGGGGGCUGCAGGGCCGUGCGGCCGCCGCCGCCAGGCACUCCGGAGCUGUCCGCUUCAGCACCACGGCGGCCGCGGUAGCGGCGGCGCGGACCCGCCCGGAACCCGCCGCCGCGCUCAUGCACUUUAAAACCUCGGGCCGCAGCCCCACCCCGCACACCGGAACGGACACGGAGACCCGCGGCCCCCAGCCCCCUGCCCGCCCCCUCCCGCACGGCUCCCCUGCCCCGCCCCCCUCAGGCCAGUCUGGUAUGCAGACCGGGCGGCCGCCGGUGUCGGACCGCGAGCGGCCAGGGAUGUUUGGCUGCGUACUUGCAUGAGCUUUCUACCCACCUGAGCCCAGUCCUCCGGGCCGUUCCUCACCCUCACCCCUGUCUGGCGUGACCCCAGCCUCAGCCUCUUUCUAAGGGACUUCCUCAGCACAUUUGUAUUUUUAUAUCCGACUCUUUGUUUACUGGCUCUGCUCAUGGUUCCUGCCCUCCCCUCAGUCUCGGCCACGCUCUUCUGCGCCUGGCAGAUAGGAUGGGUGUUGAGGCUGGGGUGAGACAAGCCCCCCAACACGGUUACCAACCACAUGGCCAGUCUGCCCAGGCCUGACCCCAGGAGGCUCUCUGGCAGACCCCUUCUCCCCAAGGUAUCACCUUCCAAGGGCCUAGAUCCGAUUUUACCUUGGACCCCUGCGUCUUGCCCCUGGGAACCCAACUGGGGACUGCUCUGCACCUCUGGAUGACAUCUGUGGCCCCGGAGAUGUUCUCAACCCAGGGGUGCCCUUUGUAAAUGCUCCUCCAUCCUCACUGUACCAGGAGUGUGUGAAUAAACACAGACCUCCCUGUG